GAUUGGGUCCAAGUGUGGUUUCCAAUCCCGUCUGAUCACAAGGGCCGCAGGCACGGGGUGAGGGUUUGCGGCGGACUGUUGGAAAGCCUCCGUGCUGGGGGAUUUGGAGAAGUUGGGGCCCCUGGUUUUCCUCUUUUCGAAAGUACAGUUUUUAAUCUGGGUUUUCUCAUUUGGGUGGGCGUGUUUUUACACCAUCGGGAGACAGUGGAGAAGUAGGGAGAAUGGAGCGAGGUAGCUUGAAGUGGAGAAAAUCUGUGUCUUUGCCAGAAGCCUCGAAAACACUUGCGUCUUAAGGCUUGGAAAGCGUCGAUGGCAGUGGGUGUCCCUCCGGGCCACGGAGGGCGAGAGGGAAACGGACGGGAGUGGUGCCUCCGUGACCGAGGAGAGAGCAUUCACGCAAUAAAUUUGCGCCUCAUCUUGGUGAGCGGGAAAACAAAAGAGUUCCUGUUUUCUCCUAAUGAUUCUGCUUCAGACAUUGCGAAGCAUGUGUACGACAACUGGCCAAUGGACUGGGAAGAAGAACAAGUCAGCAGUCCAAACAUUCUCCGACUUAUUUAUCAAGGGCGGUUUCUACAUGGAAAUGUCACAUUAGGAGCGUUAAAACUUCCUUUUGGCAAAACAACAGUGAUGCAUUUGGUGGCCAGAGAGACAUUGCCUGAGCCAAACUCUCAAGGUCAGAGGAAUCGGGAAAAGACCGGCGAGAGUAAUUGUUGUGUAAUCCUGUAAACACUGUCUGCCGUGUCUGCUGAGUGCGUGUGACGGAGUCAUUGUCCCUCAUGCUGCUGGGACAGGAGACACCCGCCAUCGCAUCAGAAACCCCUAGAACAGCCUGUCUGUCGACCCAUGGAACAGAACAAUUACACCAACUCUGUCAACUGAACCAAGGACAUUUUUCACUAUGAUUUUUUCUUUCUCGUAUUUUUGUUUAUUUGAGCAGUUUAAAGUGCAUUGGUUUUUGAAUGCAGUCAACCUCCAGGGGAAAAGUUAACACGUUAUCUUCCAUAGCAGAAACCAUUUUGCUGCCACAAAAUGUUCAUCACCAGAACUAACAAAUCAAGUGUUCCAAAUACAAUUUGCACUAAAGAAAAAAAAAAACAAACAAA